AUGCCAUCCAUCCUCUCUGAUGCCGAUAAAGAAACAGUCCGGCGAACUGUUCCCAAGCCAGCCAACAAGAUCCUCGCUGUGGCCGUUGCGCGGCUAUACGUAGCAUAUCCAAAUCCGCAGAAAUGGACAUAUACCGGUCUGCAGGGAGCUGCGGUACUUGCCAAUGAUCUUGUUGGUCAUACGUUUUGGAUUAAGCUUGUUGACGUGUCGCCUGCUGGCAGAGGAGUUCUAUGGGACCAGGAAAUCUAUGAUGGCUUCUCGUAUAACCAGGACAGGACCUUUUUCCAUACCUUUGAACUCGAGGAAUGCCUUGCGGGCUUAUCGUUCGCGGAUGAAAAGGAGGCAAAGACGUUCAUGAAAAAGGUUUUGGAACGGGAAAAGAGCGCGAGUAGAGAGACCAAGGCUACCUCGUUUGGGUCACUUCGUGGUCAGGGACCUGCCCCAGCAGCAAAUGGCAAAUCUCAUCACGGUCUUUUCGGCGGACUGGGUAAUUUAUUACAUGGUCAUGGCCAUCGAUCCUCUUCCGCCCCUACCACACCUGCGGAAUCCAUUAUUCCCCCCAAACCCGUGGCUCCAGCUCCAGCUCCAUCUCCCGCUCUCUUCCCUGCCCAAGCUCCAGCGGGAACAGAGCUCCCAGCCGCCUCACUGCAAAAACAGCCAUCACCCCUGGAUACCGUAGAUCCGUCAUGGAAGGGCUUGUUGGACGAGUUACUUGCUAUGGGCAUCACGGAGGACCAAAUCGCGGAGAAUUCAGAUUUCAUUAAAUCAUACAUCGAGCAAAAACAAGCCGCUGAGCUUGAUGGUGCGCCGACGGAGUCUCCUCCCGAGCCUCAAAGGAGAGCAAAAGCCCCGCCGCCACCACCGCCACCUCCUCCGCCGGCCACCACGGGCCCGUCCCUAUCAAAGGCCCCGUCUCUCAGUCCCCAGAACACCGGAAGGAGGGCUGCUGCUCCCCCUCCUCCGCCUGCCCGACGUGGCCGUCCUCCCUCACCUUCCCCUACGCGCGAACAGUCACCACCGCCCCCAGCGCGUGACCCAUCACCUGUUAAACCACGGUUCAAAGCACCCCCGCCCCUCGCGGACGCAGGCAAAUUUGCUCACUCCGCACCACCCCCUCCAGCACGAAAUAGAGCUGCUUCAGGUACCAAUCUUGCACACCCAGGUCCCCCGCCUCCACCACGGCCACCCAAAACACCCGUAGAUGGAAAUCUGGGAGAUCGGAAAGUAUCAGCUCCUCAGCUGCCCACACGUGGCCCUAUUCUCCCACCCCGUCGCGAUGUAAGUCCAGGAUUACCACCGACGUUACCACACAAAGUUCCACAUGGUACGUCUGGACCUGUAUCUGCACCGCCGCCAUCACCCCCACCGCGUCCUCAUGCUUCUCCAUCUGCAAUACCACAGCCGCCACCGGCUUCCGCUCCACCCCCAGCACGUCAACCACCACCCCCCGUAUCAGCUCCUGCACCGCCACCGCCUCCACCGCCUCCACCGGGCCCAGCGCCUUCCACUGCUGUUCCCCCUCCACCUCCGCCUCCCCCGCCUCCGCCUUCUGGUUCUGCCCCUCCUCCCCCUCCACAUCCUGCACCAUCCGCAAGUCAUUCCCCUCCCCCACCACUCUCUGCACCUUCCAGUAGUCCUCCUCCCCCUCCGCCUCCGGCUAGCGGUGUUCCUCCACCUCCUCCUCCACCAGCAGGAAGUGGUGGGGCCCCUCUGCCAUCAAUAGCAGCGGCCCUUCCAAAGUCAUCACCAGCGAAAGAUGAUCUACUAGCAUCAAUUAGAGCAGGUACCGGUCUUCGAAAGGUCAAAGAUACGGAAAAACGCGACCGAAGCGCAGCUAUGGUGCCCGGUACGGCUAGCGAGACUCCCUCGACACCAGCGUCUACUGGCGCAGCAGAUCCGAAUUCGAUGUUGGGAUCUCUGCAGGCAGCACUGAAUAAGCGGAAACAGAAAGUUAGCGGGAGUGAUGAUGAGAAGUCAGACGAUGAGUGGUGA